GCGCGGCUACAUUUCCUGUUGGCCACGCCUUGUGCUACUCGCCGUGCUCUUCGGGUGACGUGUCCGUCUCUACCUUGUGGCUGUCGGCCUUGACGUGAGGACCGCCCGUCCUUCCUUCGAGAGGAAACUCGCACUGACGUAAAGAAACCAGAGCGGACAGACCUCAGUGUUAAUUAGGCGCUUUAACACUAGUGUUUUACUGAAACUGCACGUCCUCUCGCAGACCUGUCACACCAAAUUAUCCGCGUUUGGUGACUGUAGUGCGGACAGGAAAAACACAUCUACCGAGAGCGACACACGAGAGGAAAAUAAGCGGUGUGAAACCCGGGUUUUGGCAUGGCUGAACUGCUGAGGCUGCUGCUCCGGGUGGCUGAGAAAGCAGCUAACGUGGCUCGGGUCUGCAGGCAGGAGGCUCCCCUCUUUCAGCUCCUCGUACAAGAGAAGACCGGAGAUGACAAGAACAAGAAGUUCGUCCAGGACUUCAAGACGCUUGCCGACGUGGUGAUCCAGGAGGUGAUCCGACAUGAUGUUGGUGCUCAGUUUCCUGAGAUGGUUGGUUUCAUUCAUGGAGAGGAGUCCAACAAGUUUGAAAAUGGGCUUGGAGAGAGUGUGACGGUCACCGUGUGCGGUACAGAGGCGGAGACCGCGACGCUGCUGGCCACGGUGCUGGACGGUGAUGACACAGCAGCGUCUCUGCUGGCGAAAGCAAUCCACCAAGACCCAACGACCAUCGACGCCAACACAGACGGCCUGACGGUGCCCCUCAGCCCCUCUGAGCUCGGCAUCUGGAUUGACCCCAUAGAUGCCACCAGCCAGUACAUCGAGGGCAAAGAGGAGGUGCUGGAGGAGGGCCACCUGUCUCCUUCAGGUCUGCACUGUGCUCUGGUCCUGAUCGGGGUCUAUCUCCGGAGCACAGGUGAGCCCGUCAUGGGCGUCAUCAACCAGCCGUUCAACUACAAAGAUCCAGCAGGUGGACGCUGGAGGGGGAAGCAUUUCUGGGGGGUGUCCUGUGGCGACAUCAAUGUCUGCUCAGUGUCCCGGCCAAAAGAUGGACCUGUAGGGAAACUUUCUGCGGUGCUGAGCUCCAGUGAGAAGCAGGUGGUGAAGGAGGCCCUUACCUCGCUGUGCGAACCUAACAAGCUGAUAUACGCUUCUGGGGCCGGCUACAAGAUCCUGUGUGUCAUUCAGGGCCUGGCUGACGUUUACGUCCUCUCAGAGGGAAGCACCUUCAAGUGGGACUCUUGCGCUCCUCACGCUCUGCUCCGAGCCCUUGGAGGAGGCAUGGUGGACCUGACUAAGUGUCUACAGUCCAGCUCUGGAGCACCGGAUCACCAGACAGAACUGACCUAUCACCAGCCUCGCACAGAGUGUCAAGGAGCAGACCGCUGGGCCAACCAUGGUGGCCUUGUGGCGUAUCGGGACUGUUCUCAGCUCCGUAGCAUCAUGGGAUGUCUGAAAGGCAAGCUGUAGUGAAAGAGACGUGGAUGGAAUCGGCACAAGCUGAAACAUGUAUUGUUGCAUUAUGGUCAUAUUCAUGUUUUCUAUAUUAGCAGAGAGCUAAGGAUGGGGAUACAGGAUGAAAUAUUUUAAAUAUAGAUAAGAUUGUCUUAUUUUUAACCAGAUAUAUUUGCAAGUGUAUAUAUUACAAGAUGAACAUCUGGUCUGUGCUGGAUAAUUUUUUCAAAUACUGUUCUGGUCUUCGGUUUUAGUCACGAGUGUUAUUAUGGUCCUCACAAGGCUGUUGAUAUACAGGUGAGAAAGAUUUGUCCAUAAAGCAAAAUGACUAAAGUACAGAAAUCACUUUUUAAAA